GGCCGUGUGACGAAAGCGACUUUUGAGGUAGUCCACCCCAAAACAUGUCUCUCGUCCCGGGCUAGCUAGCAGAAUUACACCGGCAAUCUUUGUGUACCUUGACGCUGUCAUGUUUUUACCCCUGGCCACGCAAAUCGAACGUUGACAUUCCCCGAGGUCACAAGUUCCACAUUAAAUCCAAAGAAAAUGGCGGAGUUCUCGCCCGUCUUACCUAUGCGGGAUGGAGGAGCACGAGGACGAUUCGGCCAGCCUAUCUUUCCUCGCUCGAGGUCCGGUUCCGAGUCGGAGAGCGAACUCUCCCAAAGCCUGGCUCGGACCAAGAUACGUUCUUAUGGAAGUACGGCGAGCGUCACGGCCUCCCUGGGAGAGAAAUUCAUAGAGCAUCGGGUUUCAGAUAGCGAUACUCUGCAGGGGAUUGCCCUCAAAUAUGGUGUAACGAUGGAGCAAAUCAAGAGAGCCAACAAGUUGUUCAGCAACGACUGUAUCUUCCUCAAGAACAGCCUAAGCAUCCCGGUGGCGGUGCCCAAGCGUUCCAUUUUUAACGGACUGUCUUUGGAGUCUCCUGACGGGGAUAUCGAAGCAGCGUGUCAGGAGAUGGAGACUCCCUGUGUCGUGUCGCAGGACCUUGAGGGACUUUCACCGCCAUCCUCGCCGCCUCCUGAAGACUCCAGAGCCUCCCGGCCCCAAGCGGAGGAGCUCUCUGCCAAAGACUUCUUACAAAGAUUGGACUUGCAAAUUAAACAGUCAAAGCAGGCAGCGCGCAGGCUGAAAGAAGAGGAAAUAAGGAGCAGUGAGGGGAACUACGCGGCCCCCACCACAUCAUACCAAGAAAUAUGAUGGACCAUUGUGUUUACCUUAACCUCGCUUGUUUGUUUACCUUCUUGCUUGUUUUGUUUGCCUUUUAUUUAUUAUGAAUAUGCAAGCGUUACGACUUGUAUGAUUGUUUUUUUUUUUGGUACGGUUGCCCUGGUAGACAGUCAGCACAGCUUGCAUACAGGUACUAUCGAACUAUUUAUGCGCUGCUGCUAUAUAGACCGCCCCCAGCUGCACAUGCGCUCAUCAGUAUAACCUCAGUAAAACAUCAGAUAAGAGGCUAAAGUCUUCAUAUUCAUUUCAUUAGUUCCCUAAAAGCCUUUUUCACAAAUUCCGAAGGGACACCUCUAUUUUUGGAGUGCAUUAUUUAUGUGUGUGGAGAUGUUUUUAUGUGCUGCUAUAUUUUAAUUAUUGUUAGGCCAGAAUAAAUAAGUACAUUGAGCAAAAAAUAGAAAUGCAACUCCUUUUGGUUACAUUGUUCACAAGCUAAACUCACAGAACUGAGUUUUAUCAAAGGAAAAGUGCUUGUGAAAAAUGGCAGCAAAAACAAUUAUUGCUUUUAUAUUUUUGUUCAGUGUAUUUCAACCUGAUUUGUUGUCACCCCAAUGAUUGUCCUUGCUUGUGUAAUGUUUUGAGUGGUAAUUUACUUUUACCAUUAUUGCUCUAUUGGCCUAUUAAGCACACUUGCAAAGAAAAGACAAUGUUUUAAUUGCUUUCACACUCUAGGAAGAAAAAAAGCACAUAUUUACAUUUUGAAUGACCUCAUCUUGUGUCUACUCAGAUGAAAAUGUUCAUGUACAUGAAGACGAAUGAUUGACACAUUGCCCUCCUGUGGGCCCCAGUGUUAUUACAACGGUUCACUAUAAUGUAAUACACAAAUGUCUUUAUGACAGAAUAAUAUCUCACAUAUACACCGACAACAGAAAAAAAGAGUUUACAUAUGAGAGAGAAAGAGAGAGAAUCAAAAGACUUCUACUAAAUUGUCAGCUAUUGAUCUCAAUAUUUUCCAGAGCUGUAUAUCUGUUUUAAAAAUAUAGAAAUGUCAAUGACGAAACAAUGGGUUAUUACUCUUCAAUCUUGCCGUGCAAAUAGUAAGAAAAUUAUUUUAGUGCUUUGUUUCAUCAUUUUAUUACAUCCUUUACCCCAAGAUGAUGAUUGUAACAUGAA